AUGACAUUCGAAUAUUUGAAUAAAAAAAGAAGACAAAAACGAAUUCGUCAAUUAUUAGAUACAUUUCGAACUGCUUUUUGGAUUAAAGAACAUCGAUGGUUUGUUCGAUGUCAAUGGUAUCCACAAAGUACGGAUGCAUAUAUUUCACUUUACACAUUGCCAUUUGUUUUUGACGAAUUCAAUGAUCUUUGUGAACCGAUCGAAUUCGCAUCAACAUGUCAGGAUGAUCGAGAUUAUUGCUCAUAUGAUUGUGUACGUUUCAUGAAAAUUGGCAACGAAAUCCAAAAUUUCUCCUUACCUCCUAUUCGUUUUCCUGGUCUCACGUAUCUUGAAAUAAAUCUUCCAAUGCAUACAGAUAUUUGGUCCAUGAUUCCAACACUAGAUCAUUUGACUUCAUUAACAGUUUUUGUACAAGAAAAAGAAGAAGAAAGUGCUGUCUCAGAAUUAAAAGCUUUAUUCAUUCGAGCUCCUAGUCUCUAUUUGUUGGCGAUUGACGGAGUGACAGCUUUACGAUUGGCACAAUUUUCGAUCACUAGUACAUCGAUUCGUCGACUUUCCUUAGAAGAUAUAGACAAUAUUUGUUUCAACAGUGAAGAAUGCUCUAUAUUAGCCAGAUCACCAUUGGGACGUCAAUGUGAAGUACUUUCACUUGUAGUCCAAAAUCGAUCCAAUAUUAUUGAACUUAUUAAUUCAAUGUCGAAUCUUCGAUCUUUAUGCUGUACAAAUGAAUAUGAUAGACAGAAAAAAAAUUUAUCUCUGUCUUCAGAUGAAGAAAGUCUUGACAUAUGGUUGCAACAUCAUUUACCAUCUUCAUGUACAUAUUCUGUGAAAGAAUCUUGUGGCUAUGCUGAACUAUGGAUUGCCAAGUAA